AUGGAAUCAUAUGCAGUGGACUGUUUGCAAGAAUAUAAGAAGAAUAGCACAGAUACACCCGACACUGAAGAUGCUACCAUUGCAUUACGUUUUCUUUUUUUUUUGGAAGAACUCUUUGCAGCAUUUUAUCUUGUUGAACCAAACUUAAAAGCUAUUUGCAAUUCAAUUAAUCAUAGCAAGUUUAAUUGGGAAAAAUUAGUAUUCUUUGACAAUAAAGAAGAGCUUAUAUCCAUGACCAAGCAGCUAAAAAGAAAAGGGUAUGGCGUGGUGCGACUUCAAGAAGCCCAUGAUAUUGAAAUUUGCGUAGUAGAAGUCUCUGGUGAAUAUUUGAAUCAAAAAACCAGAAAGAUACACUUUGAUCACCAUAAGGCAAAUUAUGGCUGUUUUGCAAUGCUAAAGACAAUUGCUGAUCAAUAUAAGUAUGCAUCAGUUGAUAUCUUUGAACAAUUAAAAAUAUAUUUCGUUCAUGCAGCAGAGGAGGUAUUUCAUUUCUGGAGAAAAGGAGUGCUCAAAAUUAAGCUAAAGCUUGAAGAUAAAGAAAUGUAUCAACAAGAAGCAAUAAAUUAUUAUUGGACUUUUAAGUGCAAGUUAGAAGAAACAUUGGAUACCAUUAAGAAGAUCCAAAAUUCUCAUAAAAACAAUAGAAAGAAGAGUAGAUAUAAUUCAGGAGAAACACCCAAAUUAUUAUCAGAAAUCAUCAAUUCCAGCAUCAUCAAAUUGACCGAAAAUGACCAUAAGAAAGGUAUGACGGAUUUAGGGUCAUUUGAUUCACCUGAACAUGAUUAA